CUCAGAAAACAACGUAAAGCGGCUCCAGCUGUCGUAACACGCACACAUUUUUACGUCACUCUAUUCCAGGUCGCACAGUGAGACUACACGUGAAUAGAGCAGCAGUGGGCUGAUUUCGCCUCUUUUUGUUCGGUGUUGCGAAGAUUCAGCUCCAGGCAGUGCAGCAGGAGUGUGACACCGGCUCCGUGCAGAGGGAGAGGCCGGCAGGAUGCUGUAUCUGAUCGGCCUGGGGCUCGGAGACGCCGCUGACAUCACGGUGAAGGGUCUGCAGGCGGUGAAGAGCUGCUCCAGAGUCUACCUGGAGGCCUACACAUCCAUCCUCACUGUGGGCAAAGAGGCGCUGGAGGAAUACUAUGGGAAGCAGCUGAUCCUGGCAGACAGGGAUCUGGUUGAGCAGGGAGCUGAUGAGAUCCUGAAGGAUGCAGAUGUAACUGACGUGGCGUUCCUAGUGGUCGGCGACCCCUUUGGAGCCACCACUCAUAGUGACCUGGUCCUGAGAGCAGUGAAUGCUGGGAUACAGUUUAAAGUCAUCCACAAUGCGUCCAUCAUGAACGCAGUCGGCUGCUGUGGUCUGCAGCUGUAUAACUUUGGGGAGACGGUGUCCGUGGUGUUUUGGACGGAGACGUGGAGACCUGAGAGCUUCUACGACAAAAUCUGUAAAAACAGAGCAGCUGGACUGCACACACUCUGCCUGCUGGAUAUUAAAGUCAAAGAGCAAACCAUCGAGAACAUGAUGAGAGGGAAGAAGAUCUACGAACCACCUCGCUUCAUGACAGUCAGUCAGGCUGCAGAUCAGCUGAUUCAGAUCAUCAACAGGAAACGGGACGAGGGGGAGGAGCUGGGUCUAACUGAGGACACCGUUUGUGUUGGUGUGGCCCGGCUGGGCUCUGAAGACCAGAUGAUCCGCACAGGGACUUUACGUCAGCUGGUGUCAUGUGACCUUGGCCCUCCACUUCAUUCUCUGGUGAUCACCGGCCAACUCCACCCACUAGAGGUGGAUCUACUGCGUAUAAAUGCAGAACCAAACGCCCUGCAGCACCUCUGCAUGCUUGACAGUUCAACGUUCACCUCCUAACAGGCACGCCACUCACAUGUUGCUCUGCCUGCCUUUGUGAGGACCACUGGUGUGUUCAAUUUGUAAUGUCCUUUUACUGUCAAAUAUGACUUUCUGGGAACCUCCUUAUCAAAAUGAUACAUGAUCCAGUAUGUAGAUUUCCUCCGAGUUCGGUGCUGAUUGGUCCUCACACCCAUGCUCAUCUAUUUGUAAUCCAAGCAAGCCAUUGUUAGAUUCCUUUCCAAGUACCAAUCGGAACUUUCAAACUUGCACUUAAAGUAAUGAGUACUGGCAGAAAUGUCUUCACCAUGAUGGGUUUAAAGCAGAAAUUUGUCUUCACAAAGAGACGAAACCCAUAUACAUGCACACACAAGCCUGAAAACAAUGAUUUAUUUGUAUAAAAUAUUGAUUAAAAAGGCAUUUGAACCAC